AUGCCAACGAAUUCGGACUGGGCCGAUGACCUGGACGAUUCAUAUGAUGAAAGGUGUUCGGAUGUUAUUGCGGUUCGUUUGGAUCGAAAUGAAGCCGGAAGCCUUGGGGUACAAAUAGCGUCGAGUGGUGGCGCUGUCUUCGUGAAACAAAUCACUGCUGAACCGGCCAUCUCGAACCCGAAUAUUCAAGUCGGUGAUAGAAUUAUCACGCCCAUCGCUAGUUGA